UCUCACUCAUUUUCUCAAUUUCAAGAUACAAAACAAUAAGGGAAUCUCUUGCAAAGAGGAUGAGACAUAUACACAUACAAAACAUAAAACACACAUAACAUAUAAAGAGACCAUGUCGUCGUAUUCAACAAUGAAACGAUCACUGGAGGUUGAGGUAAUCUCAGCAGAAGGACUCAAGGUUGAUCGUAAACCAUUGAAGAAAAAAACAUACAGCGUCGUCAGUAUCGACGAUAAACAUUCUUGGAAGUCCAAUUUGGAUGAUUUGGGUGGGAGCUGUCCGGUUUGGAAAGACAAAUUCGAUAUUGAGAUGCCAAUAAACGGAAGCGUAAGGUUCAUCUCCGUGGAGGUACGCUAUCGAACGAGUAAUGGAGCUGAGAAACUUGUUGGACACGCCAAGAUUCCCGUGACGGACUUCAUGGGAGGUUUUGCUCCACAAGGGCAUUUGAAUUUCUUGAGUUACAGGUUGAGAGAUGAUUAUGGUGACAAAUGUGGGAUCAUCAACGUGUCAAUCAUGGUAAAACCUGACGGUAACAAUGAUUAUAAAUCAUUACCGUUGCCGUCUUCUUCGUAUGCUGCGUGUUCUUCGCAAGCUGCUGCGGCGACCAAUAAUCAAAUGUGGAGACAGAGGACAUCAAUGGCUUCGACUGCUGGUUAUGGUGGUGGUCGUGUAGUCACCGGAGUUCCUGUUUGGUGUGCGUAUCAACGCCCGUCUUGAUUUUUUUCCCUUUUCUUUCUAAUUUUUUCGUAUAGAUUUAAUUAUCUUGACAUUUUGUUGCCAUAUAUUUAUUCCAAAAUUGGGAUUGUGGGGAAAAAAAAUACGUUUGAGCAAUCAUGAAAUCUGAUAAUUUUAAGUACUAUGAAAUAAAUAAAGAAAGAAAGAUUUAAAUAAAACUCAUUUGUUUAA